AUGGCGGCGCAGAUGCUCCAGCCCGUUUCUCUCGUCCCCGCCACCGACAUUGUUGGCCACGCCAAGGUGGAGAAAUGGCGCACCCAGAACGAGGUCCACCGCACGGCUGCCGGGCAUUGUACCACCCUCGUCGACUUUCCUAACGUGUCGGGGAAAUCCAACACAGAGAGGCUGUUGAACGCUGAGGAGAUGGCCCUUCUCGAGACCACAGACCUCAAGAUGCACGGCGUGCGAGAGGUUGCGAGCGACCCUCUAGGACAUCUCGUGCAUUGA